CGUGAACGUUGUGGGGUGGUGUGCGUCACACAUAGAAAUAUCGAUCGGGGGUUGGAGUUGCCAGGCGGUGAAAAAGAAGAAGCGCACCGACCGAACGACCGACGACCGCUUCACGAAUAUCCGCAACAUUAUCUCAUUGUCUGUGGCAUGCAGGUGUCUGUCAAGGAUGGGGUGGGACGAGCGGCGGCCGCCCCGCGAUGACAUCCCAAGUUUGAGGAGAGACCCCGCCGGCACCAUGAGACGCGCCAGUGAUAUCAGACUGCAUUACUUUAGUUUAUUUCCAAUCACAUUUACGACUGCUUUACUAAUUUUGGCGAGCUGCGUCAGCCCGUGUUUGAGUGAGCCUUUGGCCGUCGUGCCAGACCCUUUCAAAUCCUCCACAGAAGGUUUAGAAAAGUGCAAUCAGCCGAGAACGGUCGGAAGCUGCAGCACGUGGAUCGCCAAGUGGUAUUACGACUCGGAGAAGGAGCAGUGCGACGUUUUCCAGUACAGCGGCUGCGAAGGCAACGACAACCGCUUCGCCUCGCAGGCCGAAUGCGAAUACCACUGCCUGCCCGGCGACCACACAUUGCCGCCGUAUAUGACGCGAUCCGAAUUGCACAAUGAUCAUGUCGUGGCGAACCAAGCAGCGUCCGACGCCUCCACCACGGAGGACCCCGAGGAGAUCGCGGGCGGCUUCCUCGAGCUGCCAGGGUCCCCAGGCGAGCGGACCUUCACCUUCACCAGGGCCAACUCGUUCGUCCAAAUCGACGACAUCCCCACCUUUCAGCUAAGACUGUCGAGGCAACUGAAUCUCAAGUUCCGGACCAAGCUUCCCCACGGUAUUUUGGCUUAUCACGGGGUGAAAGACAGGCCGGCGGAUUUGCCUCCCUACGCUUUGUACGUGCUGGUGGAGAGAGGCCAGCUCAAGGUGGUGCACGUAACAGGCGAAAAUUCCACUUCUCUCACCAUGGGAAAAGGACUGAACAGAGACAAAUGGCAUUCCGUGAUGGUGCGCGUUAACCUGGAGACAGGUGUUCUGGUGGCCGCCCUAGACGGCGAAGUCGAGACCACGGAAAUCAUUGGCCUCGGAAACGGAGACGUCGCUUAUGGCGUCAACACAGACCUGCAGUCUGUUGUCUCCGUCGGAGGUUUCCCCGAGUACUCUGGUUUGAGUCCAGAGGAAAGACUGCACGGGGUGAAGUACAUAAUCGGCUCAUUUGUGGGCUGCAUCAAAGACAUCUCGCUGAUUUCUGGCGAGGACCCUGCCUACAUGGAGCCGGUGACCCCUCUUGUGGCCAACAAGCACGACCACGUGAUGCACGGCUGCCAGGACAAGUGCCGCACAAAACACAACCUGUGCUUCGAAGGCAGCAGCUGCGUCAAUCACUACAGCCACUACACCUGCGACUGCUUCGGCACUCCAUACGAGGGCGAGCACUGCGACAUAUAUAAGGCAACUGUUUUGACCAUGAGGGGAUAUUCGUACAUGUCGUACAGAGUUUACGAUUGGAAAGACAGAGUGCACGCUUCCGAGAACAGGAUCAGCGUUGUUUUUAAGACUCACUUUGACGACUCAACCUUGUUCUACGCAAGUGGAGAAUCGCACAAGCACCACCACCUUUCAAUUUCCAUCAAGAAUCAUUCGGUAGUAAUUGAUCUCGAUCUGGGAUCUUCUCCGAUUAAAGUUGUGAUGAGUGAGAAAUAUUCGGUCACUCGCGGCCACUGGCACAACGUCACAGUGGUCCAGAAAGGUGCCAAGGUCAAAUUCAUUUUGGACCACGAGGUGAUCGAAGAGGAGGUUCCUGGAAACCACCACCACCUCUAUCUAGACCCUGAAAUCUGCCUCGGCGGCGGUCCUCGACCAUCAAGUAGAAGAGCGGGGUCGAAGAACAAUUUCGUGGGAAGUUUGAAAUACGCGUAUUUUAACGACGUGAACUUGCUGUACGAACUGGCCAAAGGCAGCGCCAGGGCCAACUACGUGUCGAUUUUCAAACCUGACUACAAGGACGAGGACGUGCGAACCCUGCCGCUGACGUUCCCAUUCCCGGCGUCGCACAUCAUCUGGGACUUGUCCAGCAAACACCACCUCAACCUGCACUUUUACUACAAGUCGAGCAAAGGCAUGGCCGUGUUGGCCUCGGGCAACGUGUCGGCCCCGAGCCCGGGCUACUGGGAGCUGAGAGUGGUGAACGAGGAGGUGCGCUUCGAACUGGUGCCUCUUUCUUCCGGCGAGAACGAGACCCAAGUGGUGGGGGUCACGUUCGACCCCAGGGGUGCUUGGCACCGGGUCGAGAUCACGUACAGGGACGGCCUGCUCAACUUGGACGUGGAUUACAAAUUCACGCGCAAACAGGAGAUCGGAGUGGUCGAGUUUGACAACAAGGUCAUGCUGGCCAGCAGCAACAGAAGAAACACUGGUCUGGUUGGAUGUUUGAGAGAAAUUUGGGUGGACGGAGUGCAUUUGGAGCCGAGGUCUCUGGUUCGCAGUGACAGAGCCACGGGACAAGUUUCCCUGGACAACUGCCAGCUCGUUGACCCCUGCUCCCGGCCUGACGCGUGCAAGCACGGCGGUCGAUGCGCCGUGACCAACGAUAAGGUCACCUGUGACUGCAAAGACACCGGAUACACCGGCAAAAAUUGCCACUUUGCCGAGUUCAGGAGAACUUGUGAGGAGUUGGCGUUGUUGGGCUACACAAAACCCGACGUUUACUUGAUUGACAUUGACGGAAAUGGAAUUUUCCCACCAGCUCACGUCAAAUGCGAGUUCAAAGAGGACGAAACCAAGACUAUCAUCGAGCACAACCUUCCCAGCCAAGUUGAUGUGAGGGGUCGUCAGUUUGGAAACUUCAAGUACGAAAUCAAAUACAGAGAAUUCACGCCCGAGAUGCUGCAAGAGCUGAUUUCUCACUCAUUGUACUGCACACAGACGAUUAAGUACGACUGCUACAAGGCGCCCCUUGAACUGCACACGGCGACCUGGUUCAAGUCUUCGGACAAAACGGAAAUUAUUGAUUACCUCGGAAACGUGUCGCCGGGAGUUUGCCCCUGCAAAGAAAAUAACACUUGCGUUGGCGGACCGCAGACUGAUUGCAAUUGCGAUUCCAACUCUAAUGACGCAAAGUGGCUUUCGGACGAAGGAGUUUUUACGUCUCCAAAAAGUCUGGGCGUGACAGAAAUGUUCUUCAUGCAGCAGGCCAAUCUAGAUGCUGAUGGUCAGGGACGAAUCACCUUAGGACCCUUGGAAUGUGUUGAAGCUAACACCCAAAAAUAUGUCGUCACUUUUACCUCGACCCAGUCAUACAUUGAGGUGCCUGGAUGGCGUUCGGGCGAUUUGGCCUUCAGCUUCAGAACAACUGGAGAAAGAGCCAUUCUUCUGCACCAGCCUCCAAUCAGGGCCAACCAUCCUGCCUUCACCGUCAUUUUAGCCAAUGAAAAUGAGCUCUUGUUUAAAUUCACUCUCGGCGGUGGUUCCGAAAGGGAGAUGAAAAUCAUGUCUGAUAGGAAGUUGAAUGGAGGAGAUUGGCAGAAGAUUUGGAUUGAUUACAACGAGCAUCACGUCAGGUUCAUGAUCAACACCAGGGUCGAGAUGGUGGAUUUGAAACCGGGAGAGCGGUUUGGACCUUUCAGAGGGUCCAUGUUUGUCGGAGGAGUUCCUGAUGAGCUUAUAAACGAGUCUGAAGUGAAGGACGGUCUGGUGGGGUGCUUCCGAGGGCUGGUGGUGAACGGCGAGAUCCUCGACAUCUACGCUUACAUCUCGGUGCACCUCUCCGCAAUCAUCAAAGACUGCAAACCCAGCUGCGACCCCAACCCGUGCCAGAAUGGUGCGUUGUGUAAGGAGGGUUGGAGUACUUAUGUGUGUCAGUGUCAGAACCCGUGGGCUCACUUGGGUGACCACUGCGAACAAGAUAUCAACCAGGAAGGUCUGACCUUCCGUUCGGAAGACGCGUUCAUCAAGUCGGUCACGCUGGCCUCCAACGCCGCCCUGCUGGAAAAACUGCGGAAGGUUUUGUCCGAAAACAUCCUGAUCAACAUCCGCACCCACCAAAAGCGCGCCCUCAUUCUGCACGCCUACGACCACUGGAACAACUUCAUCAAGCUGCAGCUGGACAACGACCUGGUGGUCUUCUCCUUCAACUCAGGCAACAAGAUCGAGGUGCUCAGGGCGCGCCACGAAGGUCUCAGCCGGGGUCAGCCGGUGCAAAUCGCCAUCAUCAGGGGCGACGGCUCGACCACCCUGCACGUCGAGGAGGCUACGGACUCGGUGGUGGCGCCUCUGCAGAUCCUCAGCAACUACACCAACCAGCCCUGGAUCAACCCUGAGCUGGAGACGCUGGUCCCGCAGCGACCUUUGGCGCCGCCAACUGGAUACUUUGCCCUGUCGCUCGGCGGUUUCGACCCCAUCGAUUUCAGGUCACAGGUCAACCCUGUGCCCGGAUUUGUGGGGUGCUUGCGAGGCUUCAGGGUGGGCGAGGUCGACUACCUGAACCUGCUGAAGUCAGGAACGAGGGAAAAGCCGGAAAUGAUUGUGGAUGGUUGCAACAUGAAAUGUGAUGAGGAGCCUUGUUUGAACCAAGGUUUCUGUACUGAAGACUUCUCCAAGAGCGAGGCCAUUUGCGACUGCACCCACACUUCUUACACAGGUCCAACCUGCGCCGAAGAAAAAGGUGCCCACUUUUCGGGACACUCUUAUUUGAAAAUGAUGCUCGGAGAUCAAAGCCCAGAAAAAUCUUUGAAAGUGCAAUUUGCGUUCUCAACUUACGAGACCAAUUCCGUGAUUCUUUUCCUGAAAAAUAAUUUGGAGGACUCGUACUUCUUGGCAGCAUUGGACGAGAGGGGAAAAUUGGAAAUCGAGGACCAGAAGAGCAACGGAAGCAACUGGAAAGCUGAUUUGGGUACCGGUUUUUCUGAUGGAUCCAGACACUCAGUUUUGUACGCGCGAAGUGAAGAUGGCAAAGUGACUCUUCUGGUUGACCGAAAACUGCAAAAACUGGCGCAGUCGGAGUCAAGCAGUGGGGACGACGAUUACGAAGAUGCCGCAAUUUCGAAGCGCUCGAUUCCGUCGACUGAAGUCUACUUGGGCGGAUUCAGCACCAACGACGACAUUCAAAGUGACAGACUCGUGUACAACAAUUACACCGGCUGCCUGAGCAAUGUCGCCGUUGAGGUUGCCGGAGAGGUUUCUAGGCCGUUGGAGGAGUACAUGGGCUUCUCGAGAAACAAAACGGAAAAAGUGGUGCCUUUCAACCCUGCCGGCGUCAAGUCUGGCUACUGCGCCGCGUUCGCCGUCGUUGAAAAAUCGACACAAAAUCUUCUGCCUACUUUGACCAACGUCAGCAUGCUUGCCACUGAUAGAGAGUGGAAAGACAAGGCGUGGGUGGAGGAUCCGCCAAGCAGGAUUGCAUACAACACGCCCUACAAAACCAAAGUCAAGGAGGCUGACAACACCAACACGAUUUUGAUUAUUCUGGCCUCAAUAUUCGUGGUCAUUGUGAUCGGCUGCAUCAUCGAGCUCAUCAGGAACAACCGCGCUUACAAAAGGAGGCAGCGCCAGGAGGACGAAAUGUGGAUGCCGCCGAAAUACACCGAGUCUGUUCUUAACCCACCUGUAAAGAUAAUUGGAUUCAAAAACCACGAUGGAAUCGCCCAGAAUGGCACCGAACUGCAACCGCUGACCAAACACGAAGCAAUCAACUCCAACCACUCUUCUCCACCAAACGGGUCGCCACCUCAAAAGAAAGUCGAAAAUACAAUUAAAAACGACAACUCUGAUGCGGAGCUCAAGUGGGAACCACAAGGAGAAGGGGCAGAGCUCUUAGGAGAGCAGAAUGAUGAGGUGAGCGACGCCAUGAUCCAAAGCCUGGACCAUCUGGACAUGGAGGAGGGCGACGACGAAGUGACCGCCGAAGCCGACCGGUCAAGCGAAGAGCCGAACUCCCCUGUUGCGAGCACCCCCGUCAGCAACCACCACCGGCCAAAGUUCACCGACGCCGAUUCGAUAGUCCUGCCGACGCGGCCCAGACGCUGGAAGCCAAAAUUGUCCCCGGACACGACCGCAGUGCCAGUUUUCCUCUCCGAGGGCCAAAGGACUUACGGCAACCCAGUCAGCUACCUCGGCGGGCCUCUCGUCAAGAACAUCCAGCGUGCCAGCAAGGAGAGUGUCUUGUCCCUAGAUUAGGUUUGGGCCCAGGUGGAGGUGCAUGAAUCUCUUUUGCUUAGUUGCCCUGCCGGAUUACUCACGAGACAAAUAUGAAAAUAAUUUUCUUUUAAAAAUUUCAUUUUAUUUUUGUAAUUGAGAAUUUAUUUUGAGAUUCUGAGAAGAAAAUUAAUUUUGAGAUAGAUUUUGGAUGUUAUAAAAGGUCACAGUGGAGCCUUAUUUAGAGGGAGAGAAACAAUGAUUUGAGGAAGAGCCUAAUUAUUAUAAAUAUAGCAGCUUUUUGCAACAAUAAAAGUAUAAUUUUCUCAUGAGUUCUCCUUCUAAUUGUUGAAAGAAAUUUAUCACCGUUGUAAAUAAUAAUAACUGUGGAAUGCAUUUGUGCAGGUGUACAUAAACUGUGAAAUUUCAAAAUGUAGCUUUUACGAAAAGUGUUCAAAGUUUUAUUAUUUUAGUUGAAUCAAAAGAGUCUCCAAAGAUCUGUAAAUAUCCAUUUAUAGGCGAGAGUUGUAAAGUUUGUCAUUUUAUUCAUGAAAGAGUAUUUUGAUUAAAGUCGGCGACCAACUGAUGAAACGCACCAACGCUUAAGUAGAAUAACGAAGAGAGAGAUAUAAUAUAUAUAAAGCAUAUAUUAUGUUAUUUUUAAAAGUAAAAUGGAAAAAAGAGCUCCUGUUUUAAAUCACAAAAUUGAUUGCAAUAUUUUCAAAUUGAUAUAUAUUUUAAAUUCGUAUAUAGUGCCAUGUAUAAAUUAUUGACGACGAGAAAUAAAGUAUACCAAUUAAUAUACA